UUUAGCAACGUUAAACCAGAAGUCAGGAUAUCCUUGAUGCUGGGAUCUGAUCUCCAUGAGGUGGAGGAAUGCCCGGUGUCCCCUUGGCUCCAUGAGCCAGUGUGGAGGUGCUUCAGGGUUUCAGACCCUGGCACUUUUCAGUCCGUGAGUUUCUUGCACUACAGCACCCCAGAUCCCUGCAAAGGGAAUACGGUAUCCAGAGAGAUUUGGUUCUUCGUACUAGGGUGGCAAACAGCGUUGUGAUUGGAGGUUUGGCAGCUGGAGCCAAGUUUGGAGAGAGAUGGCGUGUCCUGGUGGGUUCAGCAGCAGGAGCAGGACUCAGUAGGUCCCUUCCACUCCCGAGUGCUGACUAUCUGUAGGUCCACAACAGCACCCAGCAGUCACCGCCAAGAGCUGAGCAAACCCAGCCCUUCCCUUGGGGAAUGGGUAGAAAUGUCUCAGUUCUCUCCUCCCUGCUUCCAGGCCUUGUAGCAGCAUUUGCUGGGAGACACUGGCCUUAAGUAUGGGGAAACUUACCCAGAACAUGAAUGCUGGGGUAGGUUUUUUGGGGGGCUACACCUCUCCCUCUCUGUCUGAAAAUGAACCCUGUGAUUUGUAUCUCAAAACAGCCUUCUGGUCCCACGAACACCUAUGACUUUUGGCCGUUCCCAGUUCAAAACCCAGCUCCCAACCACCAAAGACUUGGGACGCUAGAAUACCCCGGGCUUUUCUUCCUCCUCGUUUGGCAAUAAAGAAAGCCUCACUGGGGAAGAAGAGCCCUCUUUCUCAUUCCCUGCCUUUACCUGGGGUGUCUGCUCUCUCCAGAAGAUGUAGACAUGACCAAACUUGAGAUUCGCCUGGUGGAUGGUUCCAAUCCGUGCUCUGGGAGAGUCGAGGUGCUUCACAAGGACGUCUGGGGGACCGUCUGUGAUGACCAGUGGGAUUUACGGGAGGCGAGGGUUGUGUGCAGACAGCUCGGCUGUGGGACAGCACUAUCAGCCCCUCGGGAGUCAAAAUAUGGAGAAGGGAAAGGCCAAAUCUGGCUGAGCGACGUGAACUGCAAAGGGACAGAAGCGUCCCUUGCUGAAUGUGAGGCGAAGCCAUGGGGAGAGAACAUCUGCAACCAUGUGGAAGAUGCCAGCGUAGAGUGCUCAGGUAACCCCCAGCCAGGGCCAAUCCGGCUGGUGGGAGGCCCAAACCGAUGUGCCGGGAGGGUUGAGGUGCUUCAUGAAGAACAGUGGGGCAGUGUGUGCCAUGAUGACUGGGAUCUAAAUGAUGCCCAAGUCGUGUGCAAGCAACUGGACUGUGGAGAUGCGGUGCUGGCCCCCAUUGCAGCCAAGUUUGGAAGAGGAUUGGGCACCAUCUGGCUGGAUGAUGUGAACUGCACAGGGGCGGAAGCUGCUCUCUCUGAGUGCCUAGCGAGGCCAUGGGGGGACCACAACUGUUACCAUGGGGAAGAUGCCAGUGCCAUUUGUUCAGACUCGGGGAUCACUGUAUCCACUUCGGUCCGCCUGGUGGGUGUUGCCAACUCAGCUCCCAUCAGACUUGUGAGUGGCCCCAACCGCUGUGCUGGGCGGCUUGAGGUGCUUUGGAAACAGCACUGGGGAACCGUGUGUGAUGAUAGCUGGGAUCUGUCCGAUGCCGUGGUCGUAUGCAGGCAGUUGGACUGUGGGGAAGCACUGUCAGCCCCUGGCUCGGCUCACUUUGGUCAAGGAACUGGUCGUAUCUGGCUGGAUGACAUGAACUGCACCGGUACAGAAGCUGACCUUUCUGCCUGCAGGACCAGACCCUGGGGAGAGCAUAACUGCAAUCAUGGAGAAGAUGCAGGUGUUGUGUGCUCAGGUAACUCACGUUCACACCCCUCCCUGUUUAAGCUACAAUUAGUGAAUGGUUCAAGUCGCUGUGCUGGAAGAGUGGAGGUGCUUUAUGGCCAGCAAUGGGGAACUGUCUGUGAUGACAACUGGGAUAUAAUUGAUGCUGAAGUUGUAUGCCGGCAGCUGGGCUGCGGGACGGCUCUAUCUGCUCCUUCCUCAGCUUACUUUGGGGCAGGGCCUGACCCCAUUUGGCUUGAUGAUGUGUCUUGCAAUGGAGCUGAAGGUGCCCUCUCUGAAUGCAGUGCAAAACCUUGGGGAAGCCAUAACUGUGUGCAUGGAGAAGAUGCUGGUGUGGUGUGCUCAGGCUUUGCAGAACCUGCCCCACUUCGAUUAGUGGAUGGAUUGACCCACUGCUCUGGGAGAGUCGAGGUGUUUUAUAGCCAGCGCUGGGGAACUGUGUGUGAUGAUGACUGGGACUUGGUCGAGGCAGAAGUGGUGUGCAGGCAGCUGGGCUGUGGGAAGGCCUUGUUGGCUACCCGUGGGGCUUACUUUGGGCAAGGAUCUGGCCUCAUUUGGCUUGAUGAUGUCAGCUGCACAGGGACAGAAGCUGGUCUCUCCCAAUGCAGAGCCACUCCUUGGGGAAGCCAUAACUGUGGGCACGGAGAAGAUGCUGGUGUGGUUUGCACAGGAUUUGCUGAGCUGCUUCCAGUCCGGCUGGUGAAUGGUUCGAGCAGCUGCUCUGGGAGAGUCGAGGUGUUUCAUGAUCAGAAGUGGGGAACCGUCUGCGACGACAGCUGGGAUUUGACAGAUGCUCAAGUGGUGUGCAGGCAGCUGGGCUGUGGGGUAGCGGUCUCAGCCACCAGCUCUGCUCGGUUUGGAGAAGGAACUGGCACAAUUUGGCUGGACGAUGUGAACUGUGCAGGGGAUGAAACCAUCCUCACCGAGUGUCGGGCCAGGCCUUGGGGAGACCACAACUGUAAUCAUGGAGAGGAUGCUGGUGUGGAGUGCUCAGGUGUUGCAGAACCAGCUCCCGUCCGGCUCGUGAACGGUCCGAAUCGUUGCGCUGGGAGAGUCGAGGUGUUUCAUGAGCAGCAGUGGGGAACCGUGUGUGAUGAUGGCUGGGGUACAGCUGAAGCCAGCAUCGUGUGCAGGCAGCUGGGCUGCGGGGCAGUGCUAUCAGCCCUGGGUUUGGCUCAUUUUGGGCAAGGGUCUGACCCCAUCUGGCUGGACAAUGUGAAUUGUUCAGGGAAUGAAGCUGCCCUCUCUGAGUGUAAGGCCCAGCCUUGGGGGUCCCAUAACUGCAAGCAUGGAGAAGACGCUGGUGUGGUGUGCUCAGAUAUACCAAGAAUAGCUCCACUGAGGUUAAUGAAUGGACCAAAUCGUUGCAGUGGGAGAGUUGAAGUUUUUUAUGGCCAGCAAUGGGGAACAGUAUGUGAUGACAGCUGGGAUAUAAGAGAUGCUGAAGCUGUUUGCCAACAGCUGGGCUGUGGGAGAGCACUAUCCACUCCGGUCUCUGCUUAUUUUGGAGAAGGAUCUGGCCCUAUCUGGCUGGAUGAUGUGAACUGCACAGGGACUGAAACUGCCCUCUCCAAAUGUGAGACCACUCUAUGGGGAGUCCAUAAUUGUAAGCAUGGAGAAGACGCUGGUGUAGUGUGCUUUGGUAAGUCUCGUGUUCCAGAACCAACCCCGAUCCAACUGGUGAGUGGUUCGAGCAGCUGCUCUGGGAGAGUCGAGGUGUUUCAUGAUCAGAAGUGGGGAACCGUCUGCGACGACAGCUGGGAUUUGACAGAUGCUCAAGUGGUGUGCAGGCAGCUGGGCUGUGGGGUAGCGGUCUCAGCCACCAGCUCUGCUCGGUUUGGAGAAGGAACUGGCACAAUUUGGCUGGACGAUGUGAACUGCGCGGGGGGUGAAACUGCCCUCUCUAAUUGCCGAGCACGGUCUUGGGGAGACCACAACUGUAACCACAGAGAAGAUGCUGGUGUGGAGUGCUCAGGUGUUGCAGAACCAGCUCCCGUCCGGCUCAUGAAUGGUCCGAAUCGUUGCGCUGGGAGAGUUGAGGUGUUUCAUGAGCAGCAGUGGGGAACCGUGUGUGAUGAUGGCUGGGGUACAGCUGAAGCCAGCAUCGUGUGCAGGCAGCUGGGCUGCGGGGCAGUGCUAUCAGCCCUGGGUUUGGCUCAUUUUGGGCAAGGGUCUGACCCCAUCUGGCUGGACAAUGUGAAUUGUUCAGGGAAUGAAGCUGCCCUCUCUGAGUGUAAGGCCCAGCCUUGGGGGUCCCAUAACUGCAAGCAUGGAGAAGACGCUGGUGUGGUGUGCUCAGGUAACCCCUCUCUGUCAGUGCCUCCUCUCCGGCUGGUGAAUGGUCCUACUCGUUGUGCCGGGAGAGUUGAGGUGCUUCAUAGCCAGCACUGGGGGACAAUCUGUGACGACAGCUGGGACUUGAGUGAUGCUGCAGUGGUGUGCAAGCAGCUGGGCUGUGGGACAGCCAUGGCCGCCCCAGGUUCAGCUUAUUUUGGAAAAGGUUUUGGCCGUAUCUGGUUGGAUGAUGUGAAAUGCUCUGGUAAAGAAGCAGCCCUCUCUGAGUGUGGGGCAAGGCCUUGGGGAGUCCAUAACUGUAAUCACGGCGAAGAUGCAGGCAUUGUAUGCUCAGGUGGGAUCUAA